AUGUCAUUGUGGUGGUUGUCUAGAGCUUCCGGGAUUGUGUCUUUGGCAUUGAGGAGCUCUGGGAUUGUGACCUGAAUUCUGCGGGGUUUUGUGAGCAGGAAGCUUUGGGGGAGCAAUGGCGGCAGUGGGUUGCGCGGGGACGGUGGCAGCGGUGCAAUGGGCGCCUGCUUCUUCUGCUUCUGCCAGUUGCGCUGUGGGGUCCUCUCGCAGCUUGGCAUUCCAGGGCGCUGCCGUGGUUGCGAAGCCUCUUAGAGUUUGCAGGAGGCGCCAGGAUGAUGGAGUGGAGUUUCUGCAAAGCCGGAUGCAGAGACUGUCCGUGAAGGCGUCCGCGGAAGCUGCUGAGAGCGAAAUGGUCUUGAACAAGCCCCAGGGCUCUGGCAAGAAGAAAAAGGUAGCCGUAGCUGCGCCGAAGAAGCAGAGGGUUUUGCUCCGGUUCUUGUGGCUGGAGAAGAACAUCGGUAUUGGACUUGACCAGGUUGUUCCUGGCCAUGGAACUGUGCCCCUCAGCCCCUACUUCUUCUGGCCACGCAAGGACGCAUGGGAGGAACUCAAAGCAAAGCUUGACAGCAAGGGCUGGAUUUCUAGGAAGAGGACCAUCAUCCUACUCAACCAAGCCACUGAUAUCAUCAACCUAUGGCAGCAAAAUGCCACUGAUCUAUAGAUCCAGAUUGCGGUGUACUAUGUAGAUGUUCUCACAUAUUAGUUGUAACGUGUUAAUUAAAGAGCCCAUCGAAAUUCCGCUCAACUUUUUUGUUUCC